UCUCAAUUUCAUUCAUAUUACUAUUAUUAUUAUUACUCAUCUCUCAAGUUCUCAACACACACAAAAUUGAAAAAAAGGAACUUAAUAUAACAAAACUAUCUAUAUUAUUUGUGAUCAACAAUAUGGGAGAAGAAGAUCAAGGUCUAGGGCUUGAAAUAACUGAGUUGAGACUAGGUCUCCCGGGAGCGAUGAGGGCGGGGUCGAAUAAGAGGGUGUUUUCGGAGAUGGUGGGCGAAGGAGGAGGAGGAUCAGAAUUAGAGGAGAAGAAGAUAAGAGAUGGUGAUGAGGAAAAGAACAAGAAGAAGAAGAUGAUGAUGAUGAUGAUGAAAGUGGAAGAAGAUCAUCAAGUGAGUGGUGGUGUUGUGGGGUGGCCUCCAGUGUGUUCUUAUAGGAAGAAGAAUAAUAAUAAUUGUGUAGUGAACGUGAAAGUGAGCAUGGAUGGUGCUCCUUUUCUUCGUAAAUUAGAUUUGAGUACCAUGCAUAACAAGGGUGGUUAUUCUCAUCUUGCCCUUGCCUUGGAAAAUCUCUUUGGCUGUUUUGGCAUAGGAGAGGGGUUGAAGGAUGGAGAGAGCUGUGAAUUUGUGCCAAUUUAUGAAGACAAAGAUGGAGACUGGAUGCUAGUGGGAGAUGUUCCCUGGGAGAUGUUUGUUGAGUCCUGUAAGAGACUGAGGAUCAUGAAGAAAUCUGAUGCCAUGGGAUUUGGUCUGGAGCCUAAUAAUAAGAGUUUCCUUCUCAAGGGAAGCUUAAAAAAUGAGACCAAAUAAUUAAGCUGUAAUAAUUAUUAAUAUAUAGAGAGAUCAACGGUCAUGAUCAUCAGAUCUCAUCUACUGGUUUCCCUCAAAUUCAAUCACGUCCGUCCAUUCCUCAAUCGUUCAGACACUACAAUAUUUUUCAUUAUAACUAUUAAUUAAUUAUAUAUAUAUAAUGUUUCUUUUAUUUCUUAAGAAGACGUACGGUUUAUAUAUUAUAAUCUCCUUUCAUCAUGAUGCAUGAUCAUCGAUUAUAUUAGUUAAUUACAAAUUAAUGUGAAA